AUGGAUUUUAAAUCUCGUUUUAAGGGAAAGAUGACUGUGAUGAAUAAAGAAGGAGUAAUAGGAAUGGUAAACAAACCUUCAAUUCCUAUUGCAAAGAAUAAUUAAUACUUUGCUUCAAAUGAUGAAAUCUCUCCAACCCUUCAAAAACUUAGUCUCAACACUGAAGGUAUAAGGGAAACUAAAUCUCAUAUUUUCACCAAUAUUUAAACUUCUCCAAAUCAAAAAAAUUCAACAAACUAUGCUUAAAAGUUUUCUAAUGCUGGAUAAUAAAUUAUUAAAUAAAAUCAUAUUAAAACAGAGCAUCAUUAUUAUUAAGAGGAUCCAAAAAAAUAAACAAAUUAAUUUUAAUUACGAAUGCAAUAGGAUUUUAAUCAAUUAGAUAUGAAUGAAUAUGAAAUUAUUGCUAUUCCAAAAACUAUGUUAGGUUAACUUCGUCAAUAAAUGAGUGUUGAUAGAUAUGGUUUAACAAGAAGUUUUGCUCCUGAUAAAAAAAUACCUGUUGAGUAUUUAUUUUAGUUUAAAAAGAUUCUCUUAAUUAUCCCCUUAAAUUACUACAUAAUGCACCAGCUACAAUUAAACACCUUUACUUAAAAAAUAGAAUACAAUUGAUUAAAUACUUAAACCACCAUUUAAUAAACAAAAAUCAGAAAAAAUGGACAAAAAAAAUUAGAUUAUUUAAUAAGCUGCUUUAGGAACUUUAAGAUACAAGUAAAUAAAUUUAGUAUAUAAAUUAGUUCCUAUAGUAAAAGAUGA